UGUAGCGAAUCUGCUGUGUGUGAAGUAAAGAUGUAGGCUGCGCGCGGAUGUCAUGUGCGGUGUUUGAUGUAACAGUGUGUGUGUGUUUCAGGGAGAUGGUGUGUUACAGCGGCUGCGCUUCUCUCACUGUUUCAGUAACUCUGACCAGCAGAGGCUGAGGUUUAAUGCUGAGAGCGUUUAGAAGCGGAUUUAAAGCGAGUUAAAGAAGCUGUUAGUGCUGUAAAUGUGACUGCAGCUCGCUAAUGUCACCAAAUAAGAUCAUUUACUGGGCUUUUAACACAGACAGAGGACUCACACAGGGUUGUUAAGAUGGCUGCGGACAGCAUAACGCCGCUUCAGCAGAUGGUAUCCUCUUGUUCUGGGGCUUUAAUUACAUCAGUAUUUGUAACUCCUCUAGAUGUCAUUAAGAUCAGACUCCAGGCACAGAGAACUCCUUUUCCUAAAGGGAAAUGUUUUGUGUAUUGCAAUGGCCUGAUGGAUCAUAUAUGCGUGUGUGAAAAUGGUAACAGUAAGGCAUGGUACAAACCUCGCGGUCAUUUCAGCAGCACACUGGAUGCCUUCAUUAAGAUCAUACGGGUGGAAGGGAUCAAGUCGCUGUGGAGUGGCCUUCCCCCAACACUAGUGAUGGCAGUGCCGGCCACAGUGAUGUACUUCACCUGUUAUGAUCAGCUCUGUACAGCACUCAGGCAAAGGAUGGGUGACCAGGCUGACAAGGCGCCGCUACUGGCUGGAGCCAUCGCUAGAGCUGGAUCUGCUACACUGAUCAGUCCUUUAGAGCUGAUUCGCACUAAGCUGCAGUCAGAAAGACAGUCCUACCGAGAGCUGAGUUCUGUGAUCCGGUCGUCUGUACAAACUGAGGGCUGGCUCGCUCUCUGGAGAGGCCUGGGGCCAACACUGCUCCGGGACGUCCCAUUCUCAGCAUUAUACUGGUAUAACUACGAGAAGGGAAAAGCCUGGCUGUGUCGGUACAGAUCCAGUGAGCCGACUGUCACCAUCACCUUCAUUGCAGGAGCAGUGUCUGGAUCUAUUGCGUCUAUCGUCACUCUGCCGUUUGAUGUGGUGAAGACCAGGAGACAAGUGGAUCUCGGAGAGCUGCAGGCAAAGAGCCUGUCCACACAAGCCUCUUCUUUAACCUAUAACGUGAUGAAAAGGAUUGUGAGAGAGAGUGGCGUCAAAGGACUCUUUGCAGGCUUUAUGCCCAGACUUAUAAAGGUGGCUCCAGCCUGCGCUAUAAUGAUCAGCAGCUACGAGUUCGGAAAGACCUUCUUUCGCAAACGCAACCAGGAGAAGAAGAUGCGGGUGCUUACCCUUCAGACCAGCAGCACCUGAUCGCCCUUUAAUCACUUCUCUCCCUCCCUCACUUUCUACUUUAUAAACCUGCACGCACAAUACCUACCAUGUGCCCAUACCACUGAACCUGUACUGGGCUCCCAGAUCACCUUACAGAACACUCAAUUUAAUUAUGAAACAUUUGCUGAUGCACAGAACUCAUGAAUGGCAGAUCUCCUGUAAUUUCUCCUUUUUUGAACUGUGGUAUCGGUUCCUGUUUUUCUUGUGGUUUGUACUUGUAAGUUCUCCGCAGCCUGUGAUGGAUUAAGCUAUUUAUAUCCCACAAAGCAAAAAGAAUAAUGCAGGCCCACUGUUGUCAAGAAUAGCCUUCUUUGCAGUUCAUCAUCCACGCUCUGAAGCACCUCUCUGAAGUGUGGACUCAGAAGUGGGAAUAGGGAAUACUAUGUGAUGCCAAAUGUACCUUCUCCCUGAAGGUUAAUAUAAAUAGGAUUAUAAUGGAUGUGUACAAAUAUUCUGAAAUACAGUUAUGUGAAAGAAAACUUAACUUAAAUUAGUUAUAUUUUGUAUUCUAAUUAUUGUAUUCAUGCUUUUUAACAUUAUUUGUAUUAUGUCUAUCUACGUAUGUCCAUCUCAGCCCACUAAGUGAGGCAGUGAUCAGUGGUUUGUUUUAAUUGAGAUGUAAAAUCAUUUCAUUUGGUCAGUCCCAGGUUUUUAAAAAAUGCCAAUAAAAAUAAUCCAGCUUGUGUAAA